AGGGCGAGGGCCUCGGCUUCGAGGCCGCGGGCAGCGUGGCCGCGGAGCUGCUGCUGUCCUCGCUGGUGGGGCUGCUGCUGGGGCAGGCGCUGCGUCUGGUGCUCCCCGCCGAGCGCGCGGGCGGGGGCGCGCCUGAGGCCGGCGGCGCCGGCCCGGCGGCGCCGAUGCUCUCCGCCGAGGGCUCGCCGCUCGCGGAGAGGGGCAAGAAGAGCACGGAGGAGAACGCCUUCGAGCGGCAGCUGGCGGGAGGGCAGGACGGGGGCACGAGGUUCGAGGACGUCUUCACGCGCAGCCUGGCGCUGCAGGGCGUGGUGGUGCUGGCCAUCCUCUCUUCGGUGUUCCCCCUGGCCUCCUUUUCGAAGCACUACCUCGGCGAGUGGGCGAGGAUGGAGCCGCUGAUGACGUGCACGUUCGCGUCCUGCUGGUGCGGUCACGACACCGCGCGGCGGCCGCAGCUGCUGGGGGCGCUGUCGCUGUGGACGCCGGUGGUGCUGCUGCCUUUCUGCACCCGCGGUCGGUGGAGAUUGCCCCUGCGCAGGUGCUGCCGGCGGCCCUCACGCUGGUGGUCCUCCGCACGGCCGCCAACGCCGCGGGCAGCGUGGCCGCCGGCCUCCUGGCCAGGCGGGCCUUCCCCUGGGCGAGGCCCUCGGGGGCCAGCGUGCGCUGCACCUGGUGCACGCUGCUCGCGCAGGCCGGCGUGACGCUGGGGCUGGUCCUGGAGGCUCCUGGGCGGGGCGGAGCGUGUGAUCAGCCAGAGGAGGGGCGAGCGAGCCUUGGCCUCCAGAGGCCAAGCAGCGGAUCCUCGUCUCGCGUCCUCGUGGCAUGCCUUUCUCCUCCUCCUCCUCCUCCCCCUCCCUCCCUCCUCCUCCUCCUCCUCCUCCUCCUCCUCUCCUC